CGCGCCGCGCCCCCCGAGCGCGUGGUGGCCGUCGUGGGCGCCUCGGCCAGCUCCGUGUCCAUCAUGGUGGCCAACGUCCUGCGCCUGUUCGCGAUACCCCAGAUCAGCUACGCCUCCACCGCCCCAGAGCUCAGCGAUGCCACGCGCUACGACUUCUUCUCCCGAGUGGUGCCGCCUGACUCCUACCAGGCCCAGGCGAUGGUGGACAUUGUGCGGGCGCUGGGAUGGAACUACGUGUCCACGCUGGCCUCCGAGGGCAACUAUGGCGAGAGCGGGGUGGAGGCCUUCGUGCAGAUCUCUCGAGAGGCUGGAGGGGUCUGCAUUGCUCAGUCCAUCAAGAUUCCUAGGGAACCGAAGCCAGGCGAGUUCGACAAAGUGAUCAGGAGGCUCAUGGAGACGCCCAAUGCCCGCGGCAUCAUCAUUUUCGCCAACGAGGAUGACAUCAGGAGGGUCCUAGAGGCGACACGCCGGGCCAACCUGACCGGCCACUUCCUGUGGGUCGGCUCGGACAGCUGGGGCUCUAAGACCUCGCCCAUCCUGAGCCUGGAGGAUGUGGCCGUGGGGGCCAUCACCAUCCUGCCCAAAAGGGCCUCCAUCGAUGGGUUCGACCAGUACUUCAUGACUCGCUCCCUGGAGAACAACCGCAGGAACGUCUGGUUUGCUGAGUUCUGGGAAGAGAACUUUAACUGCAAGCUGACAAGCUCAGGCAGCCAGGCGGAUGAUUCCGCCCGCAAGUGCACAGGCGAGGAACGCAUCGGCCAGGACUCUGCCUACGAGCAGGAGGGGAAGGUGCAGUUCGUGAUCGACGCCGUGUACGCCAUCGCGCACGCGCUGCACAGCAUGCAGCAGGCGCUGUGCCCUGGGCACUCGGGGCUGUGCCCGGCAAUGGAACCCACGGACGGGCGCACCCUGCUGCAGUACAUUCGAGCGGUCCGCUUCAACGGCAGCGCAGGGACCCCGGUGAUGUUCAAUGAGAACGGAGAUGCGCCAGGGCGCUAUGACAUCUUCCAGUACCAGGCGACCAAUGGCAGUGCCCACAGUGGCGGGUACCAGGCUGUGGGCCAGUGGGCAGAGGUCCUCAGGCUGGAUGUGGAAGCCUUGCUGUGGUCGGGUGACCAGCGCGAGGUGCCCGCGUCACAGUGCAGCCUCCCCUGCGGGCCGGGCGAGCGGAAGAAGAUGGUGAAGGGCGUGCCCUGCUGCUGGCACUGCGAGGCCUGCGAUGGCUACCGCUUCCAGGUGGACGAGUUCACCUGUGAGUCCUGUCCUGGGGACAUGCGGCCCACGCCCAACCACACCGGCUGCCGACCCACGCCCGUGGUCCGCCUCACCUGGUCCUCCCCCUGGGCCGCCCUGCCGCUCCUCCUGGCCGUGCUUGGCAUCAUGGCCACCACCACGGUGGCGGGCACCUUCGUGCGACACAACAACACCCCCAUCGUCCGUGCCUCGGGCCGUGAGCUCAGCUACGUGCUGCUCACCGGCGUCUUCCUCAUCUACGCCGUCACCUUCCUCAUGGUGGCGGGGCCUGGGGCGGCCGUCUGUGCGGCCCGCAGGCUCUUCCUUGGCCUGGGCACCACCCUCAGCUACUCUGCCCUGCUCACCAAGACCAACCGCAUCUACCGCAUCUUCGAGCAGGGCAAGCGCUCCGUCACACCCCCGCCCUUCAUCAGCCCCACGUCGCAGCUGGUCAUCACCUUCAGUCUCGCCUCCCUGCAGGUGGUGGGCGUGAUAGCGUGGCUGGCGGCCCAGCCUCCCCACAGCGUGAUUGACUACGAGGAGCAGCGCACGGUGGACCCCGAGCAGGCCAGGGGCGUACUCAAGUGUGACAUGUCGGAUCUGUCCCUCAUCGGCUGCCUGGGCUACAGCCUCCUGCUCAUGGUCACAUGCACUGUGUACGCCAUCAAGGCCCGAGGUGUCCCCGAGACCUUCAACGAGGCCAAGCCCAUCGGCUUCACCAUGUACACCACCUGCAUCAUCUGGCUGGCCUUUGUGCCCAUCUUCUUUGGCACGGCCCAGUCUGCCGAAAAGAUCUACAUCCAGACCACCACGCUGACGGUGUCUCUGAGCCUGAGCGCCUCCGUGUCCCUCGGCAUGCUCUACGUGCCCAAAACCUACGUCAUCCUGUUCCACCCAGAGCAGAAUGUGCAGAAGCGCAAGCGGAGCCUCAAGGCCACCUCCACGGUGGCAGCGCCCCCCAAGGGUGAGGACAAAGAGGACCCAAAGUAGGAGGCGGGAGUGGCCAGGACAGGCUGCUCCCCCCCCCCUUCCUGCCCCUCUGGUCGCGGAGGAGUCCGGCGACAGCAAAAAGGAGGAGCAGGGUCUGCACAGGCCACGCUGGGACGCACGGCCUCGCUUCACCCCCUCUGGACCUCUGGGGUUGGUCAGCUCCACACUGUGCUCCAAGGACCACACAUCCUGCUGGGGGGAAGUGGCCCUGGCCAGAGGCUGCUCUAGAGAAGGCCCAAGGGCAAGGCUCUGCCCUUUGAGAGCCUGCCGCCUGCUUCUGCACACUCGGAUCGGCGGAUGGAAGAGCUGUGGCCGGGUGAGCCUCUGGGCUGGUGGCAGGGAGGUCUCCAUAGGGGAGGGCUGCACCCUGCUGAGGAGCUCAGUUGGCUCAGUGACCCUGCUGCGGGUCACAGGGGCAGCCCUUGGUGAGAGCCCCGUGAGCAGAGGAAGCAGGGCGCUCCUCCACGGUGUCACCACAUCCAGGCAUCGGCUACCACUUCCGAGCAGCGCAGCUCCUCCUGGGGUGUUCUCCCUUAACCUCUCCCAGCCUGCAGACCUCAGAUGCACUUGUGAGAGUGAAGCAGCAGGAGGCACCCACUGCUCUGCGAUGCCUGCAUGUGGUUGUGUUUCGGAGGUCUAGGUUGGGACCAAUGACAGCUUUUUACAUCCACGGUGAAGAUUAAUCCCAAGUGCAUAAUUUAGGAUGGACGUAAAAACUUUCCGGACAUUUUCUUGAACAAUGGAAAAUGCUUGGAGUGUAGAUGCUUAAAUGUUCAUUUUUCAGUCAUCUUUCUAAAAAAAUGUAGAUUUUA